CUGAAGAUGGCAGGCAGCUCCUCCCCUUGGAUCGGCAGCGCUUACCUCUUCCUCCAGUCCACCUGCAAGACCAUCGCUCUGCCAUCUCUCUACGAAAGCUCCCAGAAGAAACCCAGUGUGUUCAAGGCCCUGAAGCUGGCAUUAGCAGACUCCACAGGCAGCAUGAAUGGUGUGGACAUGCUCAAAGUGCACUGCAGCCACCCACACCUGAUAGUGCAGCUGAAGUUCUGCAAGCAGGGCACCUGCCGCCGCUUCCUCCAGAGUUACCGGGAAGGAACCCUCCAGAAGUCCCUCCAGAGUCACCUCCAGCUCUCCUUGGCCUUGACCACAGUGCCUCUUGAGAUGGAGCUGAAGACUGGCAGUGAGCACCUUGACAACAUGCUGAAGGAUGAGGAUCACUGCCUGGAGUGCAUCUACAGGGAAAAGCCUGACCGCCUGCGGGAUGAGGAGAUCACAGAGCUGGAGGAAUCCUUCAAGAGCCUGACUGUCCACCAGAGCAUCAACAACAACAUGGUUGUGAAAGACUGCACCCCUCUGAGCCCCCCAUCUCUACCUCCUUCUCAAGGCAGCUCCCUUUCCCCACAAGUCACCUUCAUCUUUCAAGGACAAGAGUUUGUCAACAGAACCCUCCUGCCAGAUGACCACCAGAAGUUCGCCAAGCUGGUGUCCAAGAAGUGGAAGCAAGUGGGUCGCUCCCUGCAGAAGAGCUGCCGGGCCCUGCGCGAUCCUGUCAUUGACAACCUGGCCCUGGAGUACGACCGGGAGGGACUCUAUGAGCAAGCCUACCAGAUGCUCCUCAGGUUCAUCCAGUCAGAGGGCAAGAAGGCCACAAUAGCACGGCUGAUCUCAGCCCUGGAAGAAAACGGUCUCAUCAGCUUGGCUGAGGAGCUCUUGGGCCUCCAUUCCAGUGAGGACCUCCCCUAA